GGUUGUCAAGCAGCGACCAAUCAGGGCAGAGGAUGGAGGCAAGUGGGGGUCGCGCCUGGAGGGAAGUCUUGGCCUCCAAAGCUACAGCUGCAGACCAGUGUUGAGCUGAGAUGGCCCAAGCCUGACAGUCCAUGAUCUGGGAUCCAGACUUCUGCGUACAGGCUGCAAUUUCCUAGCGCAUGAUCUAAACCACCAGGCAGUGCUGGGCCCAGGAGAGGAGGACUCUCUGCCUGGAUGUGUGGGAACUCCCUGCCAACUUGAUUGUCGGAUCUGGGGGGGAUCCACCCCCACCCCACAGGGAAAGCACAAUCCAUUUUGUGGGUGGGGGGGGUCUCAGGUGCCACCCCCUGAAGCAUGGCCACCCCUGUGGUCACCAAGACUGCCUGGAAGUUGCAAGAGAUCGUGGCCCAUGCCAGCAAUGUGUCCUCGUUGGUGCUGGGCAAGGCCUCAGGGCGGCUGCUGGCCACUGGUGGCGAUGACUGCCGUGUCAACCUGUGGUCCAUCAACAAGCCCAACUGCAUCAUGAGCCUGACAGGUCAUACGUCCCCUGUGGAGAGUGUCCGCCUCAACACCCCUGAGGAGCUCAUCGUAGCCGGUUCCCAGUCGGGCUCCAUUCGUGUCUGGGACCUAGAAGCUGCCAAAAUUCUCCGCACACUCAUGGGGCACAAAGCCAACAUCUGCAGCCUGGAUUUCCACCCCUAUGGAGAAUUUGUGGCCUCAGGUUCCCAGGACACAAAUAUCAAGCUCUGGGACAUCAGGAGGAAAGGCUGUGUCUUCCGAUAUAGGGGGCACAGCCAGGCUGUGCGAUGUCUCCGGUUCAGCCCUGAUGGGAAGUGGCUGGCCUCGGCAGCAGAUGACCACACAGUGAAGCUCUGGGAUCUGACAGCUGGCAAGAUGAUGUCUGAGUUCCCUGGCCACACAGGGCCUGUGAACGUGGUGGAGUUUCACCCCAAUGAGUAUCUCCUAGCUUCUGGCAGCUCCGACAGGACGAUCCGCUUCUGGGACCUGGAGAAGUUUCAGGUGGUGAGCUGCAUUGAAGGGGAGCCAGGGCCUGUCAGGAGUGUCCUCUUCAACCCUGACGGCUGCUGCUUAUACAGUGGCUGCCAGGACUCGCUGCGCGUCUACGGUUGGGAGCCUGAGCGCUGCUUUGAUGUGGUCCUUGUCAACUGGGGCAAGGUGGCUGAUCUGGCCAUCUGUAAUGACCAGCUGAUAGGUGUGGCCUUCUCCCAGAGCAAUGUCUCCUCUUACGUGGUGGACCUGACGAGAGUCACCAGGACAGGCACUGUGACCCAGGACCCUGUGCAGGCUAGCAAGCCCCUGACACAGCAGACCUCCAACCCUGGUGUCUCCCUCCGCCGCAUCUAUGAGCGGCCCAGCACAACCUGCAGCAAGCCUCAGAGGGUAAAGCACAACUCGGAGAGUGAGCGGCGCAGCCCCAGCAGCGAAGAUGACAGGGACGAGCGUGAGUCCAGGGCCGAGAUCCAGAAUGCUGAGGACUACAAUGAGAUCUUCCAGCCCAAGAACAGCAUCAGUCGGACACCGCCUCGGAAAAGUGAGCCCUUCCCAGCGCCCCCAGAAGAUGACACAGCCACAGUAAAGGAGGCCUCGAAACCUAGCCCAGCCAUGGAUGUGCAGCUGCCGGUGCCAAAUCUCGAGGUCUCAGCCAGACCUCCAGUCUUGACUUCCACUCCUGCACCCAAGGGCGAGCCUGCCAUCAUCCCUGCCACAAGGAAUGAGCCCAUUGGCCUAAAGGCCUCUGACUUCCUGCCCGCCGUGAAGGUCCCCCAGCAGGCUGAGCUGGUGGAUGAGGAUGCCAUGUCACAGAUACGGAAAGGCCACGACACCAUGUGUGUGGUACUUACCAGCCGCCACAAGAACCUGGACACUGUACGGGCGGUGUGGAGCACAGGAGAUAUCAAGACAUCAGUGGACUCCGCAGUGGCCAUCAAUGACCUGUCUGUGGUGGUAGACCUCCUGAACAUUGUCAACCAGAAAGCCUCGCUGUGGAAGCUAGACCUGUGUACCACAGUGCUGCCACAGAUUGAGAAACUUCUGCAGAGCAAGUAUGAGAGCUAUGUCCAGACUGGGUGCACCUCCCUGAAGCUGAUCCUGCAGCGGUUCCUGCCCCUCAUCACUGACAUUUUGGCAGCCCCACCUUCUGUGGGUGUGGACAUCAGCCGGGAGGAGAGGCUGCACAAGUGCCGACUCUGCUUCAGACAACUCAAGAGCAUCAGUGGCCUCGUCAAGAGCAAGUCAGGUCUGAGUGGCCGCCAUGGCAGUGCCUUCCGUGAGCUGCACCUACUCAUGGCCAGUUUGGACUGAGGAGCUUACGGGUGGGUCUUACACUCUAGUUCGCUGUAUGCCCGUGGCCUAUGAGCCUCAGCUUGGCCUCCACUCUUGCCCUGAUGGCCAUCCUGGAGGCAGCAUCGCCAGCCCACUGACCACAGUUGUGGACUUACAACUUCCUCUCCGGCAGCAGCUGCACAGUCUUGCUUCUCAGGGCAACUCCAGCCUCAGAGCUGUUGCUGUAACUUAUCAGGCAGAUUUAUUAAAUGUAUAACUGUUCCUG